GGUCACACUGAUUCCUACAUACGUGCGUUCGAGAAAAAUCUGCUUCUGCAACUAAAACACUAUCAAAAACAAAUAAAAUGUCACUUUUUAGUGCAUUGGGAUUAAUGGGCGACUUCGACGAUGACUUGGGACUAAUGAACAAUCACAUGAACCACACCAUGAAUGCCAUGGGCAUGCAAAUGCGCUCGAUGAACCGCUUGAUGAACACAUUUAUGCCGGAUCCGUUUAUGCAAGUAUCGCCAUUCGAUCCCGGAUUCCAGCAGAGCGCACUGAUGGAGCGUCCCCAUCAAAUGGCAGCCAUGCCAGCAAUGGGAAUGUUUGGCAUGCCCAUGAUGCCUAACUUCAAUCGUUUGCUUAAUGCCGAUAUUGGCGCCAAUCCUGGCGCUUCGUUUUGCCAAAGCACCGUGAUGACCAUGUCAUCGGGCCCCGAUGGCCGACCACAGAUCUAUCAGGCCAGCACCAGCACCAAAACUGGCCCAGGCGGCGUUCGCGAGACGCGUAAAACAGUCCAGGACUCGCGCACAGGCGUGAAGAAAAUGGCCAUCGGUCAUCACAUUGGGGAGCGUGCCCACAUCAUUGAGAAGGAGCAGGACAUGCGCUCGGGGCAGCUGGAGGAGCGUCAGGAGUUCAUCAACCUGGACGAGGAAGAGGCCGAGCAGUUUGAUCGCGAGUUUACCACUCGCGCCCAUCGUGGAGGCGGUCCACACGGCCGCCACGGUGGCAUGCAGGCCAUACGCGCACCUCCGCCAGCAGCCUCGACCUCUACGCUCACCAUUGAGCCGCUCGAUGAUGAUGACGACGAUGAUGACUGUGUGAUUCAGGAGCAGCAGCCACAGGGCCGCUCGUCGGCUGGCCGGCAGUUGCCAACGCUGCCAGCACCUCCUACGGCUCCGCACGGAAGCCGCAAUGCUACAGCAGCAGCAGCAACAACUUCGUCGUCCCCAGCGGUCCACGAUCCAUCGAACAACAACUACGUGAGCAUUGGGAAUUCGCGACGCGCCUACAUGCGCAAUGGGCAACACUUGGCCACUCCCCGUCGACCUCUGCGUACCCCCGCGUCCUCGCCGCUGGCCACGAUAUCCAGCGGCAGUCACAGCAUUGCAGCCACGCCAAGCAUACAUCCACAUCCUUAUGCGGCACAUCCAAGGCGCCAGCAGCGGCCCAUGAAGAACAGCCACCAGCAGCAGCACGCCACAGAAGAUGGCGGCGAAGCACCAAGUUCCAAGUCGGGCAAACGGGUCAAGAAAUAGAAGAAAAGCUACAGGCUGCAAACCCACACACACAAUGCUUCAUCUCUAACCACCACACACACACAAGGACACUCAUACACACACUGGGAAAGCUAACGCUGAUCCUGUUCCAAAAGUACACUUAAUUAUAAUAUAGAAGAGAUAAAACCACAACCACACCCCCACACAGAACACAAUUAGGCGGCCGUUUUGUGCGCGUUCCUGCCUGCGACUAUCGACACAACUAUCGUUUGGCCGCGACAGGUGCAAACCAACUGUUCCUCAAUCCGACUGCGUGCCGUUACGCAGGCAGGCACAUAAACAGCUGUGGCAUAAAAGCACUCCACCACCACCCACAAAAUUUGCCAAACAGCGAAAUUAAAAACAAAACACUUGAGUUGUACGAUACUAAGGCAGGAAAAUGGAAACAAUUUUUCAAAAUUUCCAAAA